AUGCAGUACCUCAUUGCGCUGGCGGGCUUGGUGGUGUUAGUCUCUGCCGUUUUGGCAGCACUUGGAUUCCGGGGCCGGCCGCAGGUUGUCGGCAUUGAUUUGGGCACCACUUUUUCGGUGGUCGCUUUGAAGGCAACUGAUGGAACCGUCUCCAUCAUUCCUGAUCACCUGUCUGGCAAACAACUGCUGCCGUCGGUGGUAACUUACAUGUCAAACGGCAAGGUGCUUGUGGGUGAUUUGGCCGUUGCUCAGAGAGGCCGGCAUCCAGAGCGCACGAUUUUCAACGCGAAGCGGUUUAUCGGUCGAGAGUUGGGGGAGGUUUCACAGGAGACGGCAUCUCAUGCCUACCGGGUCUUUGGCAACUUCUCUGACAGCUCCCGAGAUCCCAGUGCCAGUGAUCCAAAAUCAUCUGCUGGAUUUGGAGUUGAGCUAGAUGGACAGAAAGAGAGAUGGAUAUCACCAAUUGAUGUUGGCGCAGAGGUAGUUGGGCAUAUGCGACGCUCUGUUAGUCAAUAUCUUGGGUUUGAGAUAUCACGCGCAGUGAUUUGUGUGCCUGCAAAGUUCGGCUUCAGGGAAACCAAGGCUACGCAGGAGGCCUUUGAACAUGCCGGAAUGAAAGUGAUGCGUAUUUUGGAGGAGCCCACAGCAGCUGCAGUCGCCUACAACUUACACAAAGGUGAAGGUGUAAGACACGUUUUAGUUUAUGACAUUGGCGGUGGCACGUUGGACACCUCCUUGCUGUACAUGAACGGCAAUUCAGUGAGUGUCCUAAGUGUGGCCGGAGAUGACCACCUGGGUGGAUCUGACUUUGAUGUGCAGAUGUUGCGACUGCUGACAAAGAAGCUGGAAGAGGGCCAAGUGCAGAUUGCAGAUCCCUCUGCGAAGGAAAACUGUGAGAGCUCCGGUUUGCACAUUUUAGCUGAAGAUUUAAAGAUCAGGCUGAGCAGCCAGCUUCAAGCAGAGACUAGAUGUCGUCACUCAGAUGGGAAGGAUCGCGUUUUUGUGGUCACACGUGAGGACUUUGAGAAUGCCUCCUCUGAACUCUUUAGCCGUGCAAUGGCACCGGUUGAAAAGGUCCUAGAUGAUCAGAUGAUGUCUUCAGAGCACAUUAGCGAUGUGGUGCUGGUGGGUGGUGCCUCCCGGACGCCCAAGCUGCGACAGCUGCUCCAAGACUUCUUUGGACCUUCAAAGCGACUUCAUACAGAAAUUGACCCAGACAUCACAGUGGCCUGGGGUGCAGCCAGUGUUCUUGAUUGA